AGCCGGCGCCAUUUUACAGUCGCAGUCGCCUCAGUGUCGUGUGUGUCGGAAAGAGACCUGAAAGCGCAAAGCUCGUCGAAUUUUAGUAGCUAAUUUUUAAACGUAAGCUCCUGUUUUUGCUGCAGCUUUUUUGAACAACGGCGACCCGACUCCAUCAGACAACAGUGGAAGAGCGAGAAAAUAAAUGUUUCAAUGAGGAGUGGAUUUGAACCUGUUUAAAGCUAAUUGUAGAAUCAAACACCAGUAUACCAAUUAAACCCAGAACCUGAAAUGCAGCCCAGUUAUUUUAGUGUCCAAGCACAUCAUCUUACUAGCUGAGAAAACAUUCUUUAAAUCUGUAAUAUCAUUCAUCAGAUGGGCUUUCUUGUAGUCCAUGUAUCACUACAUUUACUCUGCCCCAGUCAAACUGUAGGAAUGUUAUGAUUUUAGGUGAUUUCUUCUACACACUAUGGAAUUCCAAAGAUACAACAUCCUUGGGGCCUUUUCAUGUUAUGAUUGCCAUUGGAAUACUUUAAGAAAACUUAAUCAGCUAUGAUGAUGCAAGCCCAAUACUGAUAUUCAAACUUACACCAGAAAGCUUAAAAACAUUUUAAUUAAGUAGUUGCAUUAAUUAAGGUUGGUUACUGAGCUCAAACCAAAAGCUAAAAGGUGUAUAAUGGCUUUGGAUUACUUACCUAAGACAUUAAAUAGAAACUAAAGUAUAGUGUGAAGCUGAACCCAGGACAUGUCAGAAUAAUUUCUGAUUUCCUGUCCUGGUGAAUAUCCGCAUUUUUGUUGCAUAUAGUGAAACAAUGCAUGGUUUAGUUGGUCUGUAUUAAGGAACCACGUGGUGUUUUCUAGAUUAUGUAUGACUUGUAUAUACUUGUUUCACUGUUAAAAUGGAUUUCGUCUUUAGGUAUGGAUGCCUUGAAUUUUGAAGAACCAUUCACAUUUCAGAAAUGAAAUGUCUACAACUGUCCUACCAACAUGUUAUUAUUUUGCUGGUUAUUUCCGUUAGCAUGCUGACAACAGAUGUAGGGAUGUUUGGAGGUGGGGUUGUGUUUAGUGAGGUGUCUUUAAUGAUGUGUCUGCUAAUCCAUCAAUGGCUAGGCUCACUACAUCCUGUAAAUUGAAGGCUACUGGGAGGCUAACUUAACUGAAAGUUCAAGACUGCAAAGAUGCCUGCUGAUAUACACUGGGCACCACCUCACAGUGAGAGAAAGUAAAUGCUGACAUAACUUCCUCUCCACAAGGGCACUGAACAUUGACAAUGAAUAGGUAACCCCUAAUUACUUAUUAUGUUAGUGUUUUUGUACUACUGUCACUGCAAUACAUAAAAGGAAUACUUAGAAUCCUUAACCUGAAGUGCCUAUUGAGAAGACGGCAGUAAAAUGCUUGUCAAAAACUCCAAUGCUCUCCAUGAAGUCUUAAUCAGACAGAAAGGGGACAAGCAAAAUCUAUAUAUCAGAUAUAUAGAUGAGGGGUUACCUGCUGGAUUUAACUGUACCGAGCCUUGCAACAGUGAUGAAAGUUUAUCUUGUAACAUUAUCUCAUUGUCAAACUUUGGAAAAUCAGACCACACUCCAUUAACUCCCCUGUGGUGCACCAUGGGAAGUGCCUGCCUUAGGAAGGGUUCAUACUGAGGUGAAGCGUGGCCUCGGAUCAUACUGUAGUUAGGCUGUGGGUUCUGUGCGUCUCAGCUCUGUUCCAGCAGUCAGUUAAUUUGUCAUAAAUGAAACCCAUCGACUUUUGCAGAUGUGUGUCAUUUACAGAUGAAUAAUUUCUAUCAGCAAAGAGCCAGGUGUUGUAUACUAACAAAGACUAUUUUGGCUUGAAUUUUGAAGGACCAUUUCAGAAAUGAAAUGUGUAAAACUAUUCUACCAACAUGUUGUUAUUCUGCUAACAAAGACUUUUGUAUGAAAACCCACAGGCUGCUUAUUCUGACUUGCUCUUGCCAUGCUUGCCUUUGCCCCUUUAAAGGAUACAGAAGGAGAGAAUACCACCUUUUGGUUUCGUGGUUCAUUGAUUUAAUUUUUCUUGUUCCAUAAAGAGGAUGGAACUGCUCAACUCGCUGUCUCCUACUCUCCCCUACUUCCAUCAUGACAGCUGGCUUUCCACUGGUAGCAGCGUAAUGGCCAGCAACGUGACCAACAAAACUGACCCGCGCUCACUGAACUCACGAGUGUUCAUCGGGAACCUGAACACACUGCUGGUGACCAAGGCCGACGUGGAAGCCAUCUUUAGCAAGUACGGCAAGAUUGUGGGCUGCUCCGUUCACAAGGGCUAUGCCUUUGUGCAGUACUCCAAUGAGCGGAAUGCACGCGCUGCGGUGGCCGGCGAAGACGGUCGCAUGAUCGUGGGCCAGGUGUUGGAUAUUAACUUGGCGGGUGAACCCAAGCCUCACCGAUCGAAGAACAUCAAGCGCUCUGCGGGUGAUAUGUAUAGCUCGACUUUUGAUCUGGACUAUGACUUUCAGAGGGAUUACUAUGACAGGAUGUACUCGUACCCCUCCCGGGUGCCGCCGCCUCCUCCACCCCUGUCCCGGGCAGCGAUUCCAUCCAAGCGUCCACGGGUGAGUGCCAGUGGUGGAGGUGGCCGACGCACCAAGAGCAGUUUCUCCUCUUCCUCCAAAAGCAGCCAGAGAAUCUCCUCCUCCUCUUCACGAGCUGUAAAGGCAGAUGACCUGCAGACUAUAAAGAAAGAACUAACACAGAUCAAACACAAAGUGGACUACCUGCUGGAGAGCCUGGAGCGCAUGGAAAAGGACCACAGCAAGAAGUCAGAAGGGAAAAGUUUGAAAUCAGAGCCGGGGGAAGUUUCCUCACUUCAGCACUCCAGCAGCUCCAGCAGCAAGAAAGACGAGAGCGGGAAAAGGGAGAGGGAGAGAGAGGCACCGGAACUUAACGACUCUGAAGAGGAGGGAGACUUGUUGGAGGAAGAGGAGGUGAAGAGUCGAGGGAGGGAGGAAGACAAUGAUGAUGAGGAGGAAGAGGGGGAGCAAGAAGAAGGAGAAGAUGAUGGUGAUAGCGCCAAUGGAGAUGAUGACUCGUAGAUGCAGCAAGAGACGCACGGCUUGCAUGCACAUGGUCCCGUAAAAAAAACAAAUCAGCUGAUCUCACGAUACCUAGCACACAGGAGUGAAACAGAGUAGAACAAAAUUGUACAAACUUUGCUGUCAAUCCACAUGCCUUGUACAGACACCUUUCUGAUCCAUACUCUUCAUUAAUCUGUAUGCAAACUACUGGCUAUACUAAAUCUGUCAUGCAUCUUUCAUCUACAGUCACCUCCCACCGUUUUCUUCAGCAGAUGUUAUGUUUUGUUCUUCUCCUACCUGCUUUUAAUGUAGUGGCUACCAGCCUUCCUACUCUUUAAAAAGCAUGAAGUGAAGGCAGAUGUCCUCAUUUCAGAACCAGUACAACUGCAGUAAAAAGGUCAGGGAAGGAAAAGAGUAAGGAGGAGAGAGGCAGUUACAUUCAUUGAACAAAAAAACCUGUGUUGCAUGAUGGCUGGUUACUUUACGGAAUGUCUGUGAUGUGUUGCAGUUGUUUCUUUUGGCCAGUAGGUGGCAGUAAGAGACAAUGGCUUUGUGUCUGUUUACUGUAUUUAAGGGAAAUAGGAUUUGUAUAGUUAAACUGUUUUACAUUUUUGAAAAAUGGUAGUUAUCAGAUUUCUGUUGAACAGCAGUUUUUUUCCUUCGAAUAGUGAAGAUUUCUGUAAUUAUAUGGAAAACUAUAAAGUACUUUGAAUUAUCCAAAUUCUCUGUAAUGCAGCGACUUCAUGUUGUUUUUUUAUUUAAAUUUGUUUUGUUUCAAGUGUGACAAUAAAUUUCAAUAAGCUUUCCAUA